UUGCCCACCCACCGCCGCGUCCGUGCCCUCGCCCGCCGGGGCCGCCGGGGCAACGCCGGGGACUCGAACCCCCUCCCCGAAGCCGCCGAUCCCCGGGUACCCCGUGCCCGCCGUGGCGGCCGGGCAGGAGGGGCUCCACCGGGACCCCCGGUUGUGCCCGUGUGCGUUUGUGUGUUGUGGCGGGGAGGGCGAAACGGGCCCGUGGGGAUGGGUCCCCCCCCGGCCCUCCCUCCCCGGGGGUCCCCCGCCGCCUGCUUUCUGUUGUGCCCCCGGCCUCGCCCCGGGGAACCGUGUGUUUCUGCUCCGUUUGGGUUUGGCUUCUUGCUUGGCGCUGCCCCUCGCCCCUUCCCGCCCCGGCCCCUCGGAGACGCUGGGGAUGGAGGUUUUUGCCGCCCCGCCGUCUCUACCGCUGUUGCCCGUGCCCUCGCGGACUGCCCUGGCGGGCUCCCGGCCCCGUCUGUCUGUCCGGGGCAGCCGGCCUCGGCAAUCCCCCGGCCCUGUCAGGCUCCCGACCCUGGCAGGUGGCCUGCCCUCUGUCAGGGGCGACCGGCCCCGUCGUCAGGUCCCCGGCCCUGUCUGUUGGGCAACCGGCCAUGUCAGGCUCCCGGCCAUGUCGGGGCAGCCGGCCCCGUCUUUCAGCCUCCUCCCGUCCCUGUCAGGGGGCCGGCCCUGUCUGUCUGUCAGGGGCAACCGGCCAUGUCAGACUCCGAGUCCUGUCAGCCUUCCGGCCCUGUCAGGGGCAUCCAGCCCUGUCUCUAAAGCUCCCGACCCUGUCAGGGGGCCGGCCCUGUCUGUCUGUCAGGGGCAACCGGCCAUGUCAGGCUCCCGGCCCUGUCAGACUUCCAGCCAUGUCAGGGGCAGCCGGCCCUGUCUUUCAGCCUCCCGGCCCUGUCAGCGGGCCGGCCCUGUCUGUCAGGGGCAACCGGUCUUGUCAGGUCCCUGGCCCUUUCUCUCCAACUUCCAACCCUGUCAGGGGGCCGGCCCUGUCUGUCAGGGGCAUCCGGUCUUGUCGGGUCCCUGGCCCUGUCAGGCUUCCUGCCCUUUCUCUCCAGCUUCCGACCCUGUCAUGGGGCCGGCCAUGUCAGGGGCAACCGGCCCUGUCAGACUUCUGGCCCUGCCUGGCAGCCAGACCUGUCAGAAGCCCGAGGGCGGGAAACUGCUGGCUCCGCCCUCGGGAACUACAACUCCCAGCAUGCAGCGCGGCGGCGCUCCCCUUGCCGGCGCCGGGUGGAGAGGGAGGGGCGGGCCGCGUUGCAUGCUGGGAGUUGUAGUCUUUCUCCGCGGCGGCCACGACGGGGCGGCGGCCAUGUUGCGGCCAACGGGGCCCCGAAUAAAAAGGGACUUUUGACUCG